CUUCAGGCGCGUGCAGCUGUGCGUGUGCGUUCUCGCUGUCUGCCACGCGCAUCAUCAUCAUCAUCAUCGUCAUCCUCCUCAUCGUCAUCGGCGGCAACAAAAGCGACCAAGACAAGAAGAGGAAGGACUCGCCGCGCGAUCUCCAAGCCUCCGAGGCAUUCGUGGGCCUCAAAAGUUUGCAAACGAGCCCGUCCAUGUUCCCUAAGGUUUUACUGCAGUGGUGCGCGGCGCUGUCGAGCUGCGCGGCUCAAAUAGAGAAGCAAAGGCGACAGGGCAAGUUCCAGCCCUUCAGACGCCUCUUUGGGAAGAAAAAGCAGAAGAGGGAGACCCAGGGGGGCUUUUAUGGGGCACAGCUGAAGGCCAGUUUCUCCACCGGGGAGGUGUGCCAUGGAGUUGUGUCCGACGACGAGAACGCCAAUCAAAGUCUAAGGGAGCUGAAUCCCGUCGGAUCUCGAGCCCUCUCGCACGACAGCGUCUUCAUCCCGGAGGAGUCGGCCAAGCAGGCCGGCCUGGAUCACGCCAUGUCCCAGGAAAACGUCUCGGACAAAGUCAAAAAUCUGCAGAAGCAGAUCGCGCAGACGAUCAAGUUUGGCCAGAGGCUUCCUUCUCUGAGAAGAAGCGAAGGGGAUGAGGGAAGCUCCGAUGAGGAGGAGGCUCCGCAGAGUCCGCUGAGGGUGACGGCGCAGGUCGAAACAGAGCCCGCAAAAGCCGAGCCGACGGUUCAAGCGGUCUCGCAAGCGAGAUCGCACCACGGCACCCCUGUCAAGUCCCCCAGGUCCAAAAGAGUCCUCCCGCCCGGCGGUACCAUCGAGUCGGUCAACCUGGACGCCGUUCCUCAGUCCGCAUUUCUUCUGGACAACACCGCAGCCAAGCAUAAACUGUCUGUCAAACCCAAGAAUCAGAGGGUUUCACGCAAGCACCGGCGCUUCUCGCAGGACCUCCAGGAAGUAGCCAUCCCCGGUGUGGCGCAGGAUGACCCGGGAGUGGCGGGCGUCUCGGCGGAGCACCGCCGCAGAUCAUCCACGGAAGAAUCUCUGAAAGCCUUCAAGAAACACCGAGUCGAAGAGGAACGAUUUGAAGCCAAGAGGAAGAGGGAACUGGACGAAGAGGAGAGAAGACAAAGAGCAGAGCAACUGAGGAUUGAAGAAGAAGAAGAACGGUCUCGUAAGCAGCGCGAGGAGAAGGAAGAAGAAGAGAGGAGGCUCCGCAGGGAGCUGGAGGAAGAGGAGAGAAAGCAGCGAGCAGACCAACUGAGGAUUGAAGAAGAAGAAGAAGAACGGUGUCGUAAGCGGCGCGAGGAGAGGGAAGAAGAAGUGAGGAGGCUCCGCGAGGACGAGGAGAGAAGGAUGAGGAACGAAGAGGAGAGGAGGCAGCGUAAGGAGGAGGAGGCGAGGCGGCUGAGGGCGGAGCAAAGAAGGAAGGAGGAAAAAGAGGCGAGGAGGCAGCAGGAGCUCGAGGCUCAGCGACUACAUUCGGAGGAAGAGGAAAGCAAGAAGAGGAAGAAGGAAACCGAGAAGCAGAGGUUGCGACACAUCGAAGAGAAACGCAAAGCGGAGUCUGAAGAACAGCGGAACAAAAUGGCGGAAGAUGACGCAGACGGAUGCUCGGAUCCUCAACAGAGGAAGAGGAGAGCCGAGGAGCAGCGCUGGAAAGAGAUGGAGCAGCGGCAGCGGCCUUUCUCCUUCCAAGUUUCUUCCGGAGAAAAAGAAAUCCUCUUCCCGAAGGUUAACCUGACGCCUGUUACGGGAACCUCUGCGACUGUCGUUCCGAGAGAAGGCACAAAGUCCCCUUCUGGAGUACCGGACUCCCCCAACCGGCAGACUUCUCCAUACGUGCCCCACACCGCCAUCCUGGUGACCGGCGCGCAGUUGUGCGGCACCGCCGUCAAUCUGGACCAGAUCAGGGACACCGCCUGCAAGUCCCUCCUUGGUCUCGGUGAGGACCGGAAAGCGCAGGGAACGCCAUCAUCCGCCAAGACCAAGACGUCGCCGGAUCGCAAGUCGUCAAAGGCAAAAUCCCUCACUGAGUCCACCGAGGCGGAGCCGGCUGGUGCAGCCGUCCUGGCUGAGUGGGCCACCAUCAGGUCCAAGAUAUUCAAGGGGGUCGAGGAGGGCAGCGAGUACCCAGACCCGAGCAAGGGUCAACCUCCAGCCAGCCACGAAGACCACCACGAGUUUGCCCACACGCACUUGAGGAAGACCGUGUCCGCCAGCACCAAGUUCUCCAUCACGCCCGCCAAGAAAAAAUUUGGAGAUUCAAAAAGGAAUUCCGAGUGCUCCAAUUCCAGCGUAUCAGACGAGAAAACGGGAGAGGAUGCCGCGUCGUCUGACGCGUCCGCUUCCGCCUCGCCGGAUGCCAUCCGAAAAGCUCAGAACAGGACGAAUAAGUGUCUCCGCAUUCCAGAAAGAGUGGCGGACGAGUGCGUCUUCGCCAAAGACCUCCCGUCUUUCCUCGUUCCCAGCCCCGGAGCCAAGCCUGAACGGCCUGAGUGGAAGGCUCGGGAUCGUAGCGGCUCGGCAGAGCCCGAAAGCACGGUGGAGGAUGAGGAACCGAGUUUGGACGGCGAUGAGGCGCCUUCGCCGUUUGGCAUCAAGCUGAGGAGGACCAACUACUCACUGCGGUUCCACAGUGAGCAGUCCACGGAGAAACGGAAGAAGCGCUACAGCGCCGGAGACAGCUUCGACGGUGUCCCCUCGCCCCUGACCCCCAUCGAGCCGGACUCGGACGCCUCGCCGGUCUUUUCCGACCGAUCCAGUCCAGUGUCACCUCAGAGAGAAGUCAAGUACUCCCUCGCCUCAGCCUCCCCUGUGAUUCCGCGAGCCGGCUUGGGCAAAUCGCCGAGCCCCACGCUGCAAUGCGACGGGGACCACAUGCCCUCCAAGCCGUCGCUCUACCGCAGACCCCAAGCCUCACCCAAACCCGCCGAUGGAGUUCCCACCCCUCCUCCGUCGCCGCUGCCUAAAGCGAGCCACGGUGAGACCGAGGACUCGGCCGGCCAGAGUCAUCCCACGGCGGUUGGCCACCCGCAACGGGGCAACCAAAGCCAAGGUGAAGAGGAGCCCAAGGAGAAAAGAUCUUUCUUCCCGUCCAUCAACAUUCCCUGGAGGGAGAAAGUGGACAGGAAGACGGAGCUCAUCAAGAGAGAGAAACCGUCGCUUCAGAGCAGGCACUCCCUGGACGGCGCCAGGGUCCAGGAUAAGGAGGCGGGCCCCCUGUGGAUCACGCUGGCGUUGCAGAAGCAGAAAGGAUUCCGGGAACAGCAGCAAAACCGCGAGGAACGUCGCAGCCAACGGGAAGCCAAGCUGGCCGAGAAGCAAGCUCGGGAGCGAGACAGUGUGGGCUUAGUGAUGACAAUUAGCUCCACCGAGAGCCGAGGAGGAAGUGGCAGCGUUGGUACGAGUUCGAAAGCUCAGACGCCGGAUGAGCUCAAGAGACCGGAUAGCCUGCGUGGACGGUUCGAGAGGCGAGAGCAGCUGAAGAAAGCCAACACGCUGCCCAGCUCUGUCACUGUGGAAAUCGCCGACUCCACGCCGUCGCCCCCUGCUGUCAAGGAGGUUUCCAAGCGCUUCCCGGCUAUGGACUCAGCGCAGGUGUCCACCGAGCCCGCCUGGCUGGCGCUGGCCAAGCGAAAGGCCAAAGCCUGGAGUGACUGUCCUCAAAUCAUCAAGUAACAACCCCACCAACAACCACUUCAUCAACCCUCCAAUUUAUGAUAUUAGUGGUCCCCAACGAGCGGGCUGUGAACCGGAACCGCUCCGUAGCAUUUUUGGCACCCCCCCCCCAAAAAAAAAUCAAAUUUCAUUGAUCGUCCGUGUCGGAAAACAGUUUUGCUUUAAAUAUAUCUUAUAUGCUUUAAAAAAGUUAGCCCACAAGCGAGCAAAAAUGAAGAAGGGG